ACCUUUAUAUUUCCUACAACCACUCUAAGAAAAAGAAAAAAACUGACUUUUUUGAGGUAUACACAAUAUUUAAAGUCUAUAAUGGGAUUAUAAAUGUAUUAUGGAUUGGAUUAUGAAUUAUAUGUAAUGUAUAUAAAAGUCCUAAUGCACAUAUUUACUGUAUAGAAUUAGAUGUUAGGAUACAAUUUUAUAUCCAGGUUUUUCCACCUCUGCAUUAAAUGUUAAAUGUUAUGUUAUUGAACCAUUUAUUGAUAAAUCAGGGUCUUGUAAAAUAAUUAUGGUACUCUUUGUAAUUUAAUACUUUUAAGACUUUAGGGGAGAGUUUAAUGCUUUUUGCUAGUACACUAAAUAGGCUCAGAUUACUGUGGUGGGUGGGUGGGUGUGUGUGUGUGUGUGUGUGUGUGUAUUUAAGAUAAGUAUUUUAGGGGCGCGUCUGUGGCUCAGUCGGUUAAGCAUCUAACGUUGGCUUGGUUCAUGAUCUCAUGGUUCGUGAGUUCAAGCCCCACGUCUGGCUCUAUGCUGACAGCCUGGAGCUUGGUUUGAAUUCUGUGUCUCCUUCUGUCUCUGCCCCUCCCCCACUCGUACUCUGCGUGUCUCUCUCUCUCUCUCAAAAAUAAAUAAACAUUAAAAAAAAUAAACUAUGUUAAGGUAAGUAUUUUAAUUUUGGAUUUGUAAAAAAUUAUAAAUUAAGGUAAUUACUAUGGAACUCAAAGGCAGAGAUGUACCAGCGAUUUGAUCUGUUUCUAUUCAUUUAUUUAUUUUUAAUGUUUAUUUUUGAGAGAGAGAGUGAGACAGAGCGUGAGCGGGGGGAGGGCCAGAGAGAGGGAGACACAGAAUCCGAAACAGGCUCUAGGCUCUGAGCUGUCAGCACAGAGCCUGACGUGGGGCUUGAACCACUAACUGUGAGAACAUGACCUGAGCCUAAGUCGGACGUCUAACCGACUGAGCCACCCGGGCACUCCUGGUCUGUUUCUUUUUGAUUAAUCACUUAAAAUUUUUUACAGGGUAAGAAUCUGAUGUAGGGGCGCCUGGUUGGCUCAGCUGGUUAAGUGUCUGACUUCCCCUCGUGUUCUGAUCUCAGGGUUCAUGAGUUUGAGCCCUGUGUCUGGCUCUGCACUGACAGUGCUGGAACCUGCUUGGAAUGCUCGCUCUCGGCCCCCCCACCCCUCGCUGUCACUGUCUCUCAAAAUAAAUGAAUAAGCUUAAAAAAAAAAACUUUAAAAAAUCCAUUAUGUAAAGGGCACAAACUUUUUAGAAUUGUGGAAAGAGUACAAGCAGAUCUGUCUUGAAGUUUUCAGUUGCACAAUACAGUAUUGUUAACUGUAGGCGCAAUGUUAUAUAGCAAAUCUGUAGAAUUUAUUAAUCUUGCUACUAUGCUGUUUGGAUACUUGUUUCUGCUCUAUGUAGGUUUUAUUUUUUUGCUUUGCUGCUGCUGCUGUUUCUUCCCUUACUGUAAGAUGACAUUUUGUUGACUGUCCGUCUUCUUCCCUAAAACAGCUUCUGUCCCCUGGUCUCCACCCUCCUCUGUUUCCCUUUCAGUUUUCUAAUUUGUAAAUCAGAACCUGCAAAUAGAGUAAAGUGGAUGUUUUCGUGUGUUGAUGUGAUGCUCUCUAUAUUGCUGCAUGACGUUAUAAAAAUAGGUUUCAGAUUCUCAGCUAUGUUUAGCUAAGUCAUCACUAUAAUCAUAUUCAUACUUUAUUUUUUAAAAAAGGAUAAUUUGUUAUUGUUAGCAAUAAUAGAUGUUUAAGUUACUGUAUUUUAAGGAAUCUUGCUUUCGAGUAUUUUGAAAGGCAAGUAAAAACUCUUAAAAUAAGGAAAUCCUCAACAUUGUAAUAAGAGCAAGUAGGUUGUGUUUUCCAGGUUAUAUAUUCUACAACAUUCGCUACAUGGAUUAGAUAUAUUUGAAUUUAGUUUUUAAUAUGAAACAUUUCAGACAUAAAAUAUAUGAAGAAUAAUAAUAAGUACUCAAUUAUCCACUACCUAGUCUCAGAAAUAAAGCAUCACCAGUAUAGCUGAAGCCUUCUGUGUGUUACUCUGUUCCACAUCAUAUUCCCCUCCCUCCCAGAUGUACCACAGUGUUGAUCUUUAUGCAUGUUUUACAUGUUCAUUUUAUGCAUAUUCUUAGUCUCUUACUGCAUUUUUGUAUCUCUAAAGAAUAGGUUCUUUUACACAUUUUAAACCUUUAUGAAUAUUAGUACUGUGUUAUUCUGCAACUUAUUUUUGCUCAAAAUUAAUUUAUUAUGGAUAGUUUAUGUAGGCAACCAUUAUGGCCAACAUUUAUUUAUUGGAUACAAUGUGUGUGGCACUGCGCAAGAAGUUUACAUGUAUUCUCUUUUAAUUCUUGUAGCAAUCCUUUGAGGUAGGUACUCUUCCUAUUUUACAGAUGAGGAAAUUGAAGCUCUGGGAUGUUGUCAUUUGCUCACGGACACAUAGCUGAUAAGUGGUAGACCUGAGAUUCAAAUUCAGAGGAUGCCAGCCCCCAUCAGAUUGCGGGAGCUGAUCCGGACCAUCCGGACAGCCCGAACCCAAGCCGAAGAACGAGAAAUGAUCCAGAAAGAAUGUGCUGCAAUCCGAUCAUCUUUUAGAGAAGAAGACAAUACUUACCGGUGUCGGAAUGUGGCAAAAUUACUAUAUAUGCACAUGCUGGGCUACCCUGCUCACUUUGGACAGUUGGAGUGCCUGAAGCUUAUCGCCUCUCAAAAAUUCACAGACAAACGCAUUGGCUAUUUAGGGGCAAUGCUGCUGUUAGAUGAAAGACAAGAUGUCCAUCUUCUCAUGACCAACUGUAUCAAGAAUGAUCUUAAUCAUAGCACGCAGUAUGUACAGGGGCUAGCACUAUGUACCCUCGGCUGCAUGGGCUCUUCAGAGAUGUGCAGAGAUCUUGCAGGAGAGGUAGAGAAACUCCUGAAAACCUCCAAUUCUUACUUAAGAAAAAAGGCAGCACUAUGUGCUGUUCAUGUCAUCAGGAAGGUUCCUGAACUUAUGGAGAUGUUUUUACCAGCAACAAAAAAUUUAUUGAAUGAAAAGAACCAUGGUGUCCUUCACACGUCUGUAGUCCUCCUCACAGAAAUGUGUGAACGAAGCCCAGACAUGCUUGCACAUUUCAGAAAGCUUGUGCCCCAAUUAGUUCGUAUUCUAAAGAACCUCAUCAUGUCGGGAUAUUCACCAGAACAUGAUGUUUCUGGUAUCAGUGACCCCUUUUUGCAGGUACGAAUUUUGCGGUUAUUAAGAAUUUUAGGACGAAAUGAUGAUGACUCAAGUGAAGCUAUGAAUGAUAUAUUAGCACAGGUUGCCACAAAUACGGAGACUAGUAAAAAUGUAGGAAAUGCUAUUCUUUAUGAAACGGUUUUGACUAUCAUGGAUAUAAAGUCAGAGAGUGGACUGCGAGUCCUAGCCAUAAACAUCCUGGGUCGUUUCUUACUGAACAAUGAUAAGAAUAUUAGAUACGUAGCUUUGACAUCUUUGUUGAAGACUGUGCAGACAGAUCAUAAUGCAGUACAGAGGCACAGAAGCACAAUUGUGGACUGCUUAAAAGAUUUGGAUGUCUCAAUAAAACGGCGUGCAAUGGAAUUGAGUUUUGCCCUGGUAAAUGGGAAUAAUAUCCGAGGCAUGAUGAAGGAAUUACUUUAUUUUCUGGAUUCAUGUGAGCCAGAAUUUAAAGCAGACUGUGCAUCUGGAAUCUUUCUUGCUGCAGAAAAGUAUGCACCUUCCAAACGGUGGCAUAUAGACACAAUUAUGCGUGUUCUGACAACGGCAGGAAGCUAUGUUCGUGAUGACGCAGUCCCUAACUUGAUCCAGCUAAUAACCAAUAGUGUGGAGAUGCAUGCCUAUACUGUCCAGCGCUUGUACAAAGCAAUUCUUGGUGAUUAUUCUCAACAACCUUUGGUACAAGUCGCUGCAUGGUGUAUAGGUGAAUAUGGAGAUCUUCUUGUAUCAGGCCAGUGUGAAGAGGAAGAGCCUAUUCAGGUAACAGAAGAUGAAGUGUUGGAUAUUUUAGAAAGUGUCCUCAUCUCUAAUAUGUCCACCUCUGUGACGCGAGGUUAUGCCCUCACUGCCAUUAUGAAGCUUUCUACUAGAUUCACCUGUACUGUAAACCGAAUUAAGAAAGUGGUUUCCAUCUAUGGAAGCAGCAUUGAUGUGGAACUCCAGCAGAGGGCAGUAGAAUAUAAUGCACUUUUUAAGAAAUAUGAUCAUAUGAGGUCUGCCCUGCUUGAGAGAAUGCCUGUCAUGGAAAAAGUGACCACAAAUGGCCCUACUGAGAUUGUGCAGACAAAUGGAGAGACAGAACCAGCUCCACUAGAGACCAAACCACCACCCUCUGGGCCACAGCCCACCAGCCAGGCCAAUGAUUUAUUGGAUUUGUUGGGAGGAAAUGACAUAACACCUGUUAUUCCAACUGUACCUACAAGCAAACCAGCUUCUGCUGGUGGAGAACUUCUCGAUUUGCUGGGAGACAUCAACCUUACAGGUGCUCCGGCUGCUACUCCUGCUCCUGCCUCAGUCCCACAGAUAUCCCAGCCUCCUUUCUUAUUGGAUGGGCUUUCAUCACAGCCUCUCUUCAAUGACAUCACUACAGGCAUCCCCUCCAUCACAGCAUACAGUAAGAAUGGCUUGAAGAUAGAAUUCACCUUUGAACGGUCAAAUACCAACCCUAGUGUCACAGUGAUAACGAUACAGGCCUCCAACAGCACAGAGCUGGACAUGACAGACUUUGUUUUCCAAGCUGCAGUACCAAAGACAUUCCAGCUGCAGCUUCUGUCUCCUAGUAGCAGCAUUGUCCCAGCAUUUAAUACGGGGACCAUCACACAAGUCAUUAAAGUUCUGAACCCACAGAAGCAACAGCUGCGAAUGCGGAUCAAGCUCACAUAUAACCACAAGGGCUCAGCAAUGCAAGAUCUAGCAGAGGUGAACAACUUUCCCCCUCAGUCCUGGCAAUGAGGGCCUGGGCACCAUUCUCAUUCUUGUCCCACUCAAUCAAAGGAACUCUGGGAAGGAGGUUGUGAUCGCUGGCAAGUCCCCCCCAACUGUACCAUGGGCAUGAGGAGCUGAAGAGAACUGUUGAGGAGGAUUUUCCUGAAGUUAUCGCUGACCUUGAAGCAUUGUCAAAGACGAAUCUCCUCUCCUCCACUGUUGUGGCUGGCUGCUUCUGGAGGCUACUUUGCACUCUUCCUCCUCUUCUCCUUUGUCCGCACUUCUCCACCCGUCCCACAUUUACAGCCAGAAUCAACAUUCCCUGGGCCCCUGAGGAAAUAAGCAGCUGGUCUGGAGGAGAGGACUAGAAUCCAUGGCAAGAAAACACUCACUCUGUCUGUGCAGCAAAGAGUUGCCCCUUCUUUCUACUGUGUUUUUCUGUGGACUGGGCGAGGUGGGGUAUUCAUUCCUCACUAGCUGGGUUACUAUCUUCAGGCGCUUUUUACAUCAGGCAUUCAGAACGGAAAUGUAAAAAUGGACUUUAGGGAGCCCUGCCUUUUUCUACUGGUUCCCCCAAUGUUUGAAAGAGGCAUUAGGCUCCUGGUAGCCUUUUCUGUGCAUUGCUGUAUACACACAGACACACACAUGUAUGUAUGUUUGUUACCAAGAACUGGGUAGACCUGGAGAGGUUAUUUUAAACACUGGACAGAUGCAGUUAAAAAGAGCUUUUGUUGAGAUUUGGCAUGAAGGAUAUGGUGCUCUAUUUGUAAUAGAAACUCCCAAGGCUCUUCCAGCUCCCCCUUCUCUCCAUUCUUUAGCUGUAGUCAUGAAUAUUCUCCAUGAUUUUCAGAAUUGAUUCCCCUGAAAGUGCAAAGUGAACAAUUUCUAAAGGAUAUAUUGUUAUUAAUGCCCCUGUUCCCACCACAAAUUUUAAGUUUCUCCUAAGCCCAUAACUUGCCUGUUGAACUAUGGUAAAUGGGUGGAAAGAGGAGUUAGCUUUUUAAGAUCAGACUCCUUUAAAAAAGCACCUUUGCCCAUAGGAAGAGUGAGUAUCAGACUCAUCCUAGAGCAUAUUGGAGUCAUCUUCUUCAUGAUUCAAACCUUCCUUUUUAUUUCCUGAGCCUGGCUUGGACCUUGGCAUUCCGUUUGAAUUCCUUCUUCUAACUGGAACAUUUGUGUUGUAUCUGUAACACUGGCACUGAAAUAAAGACCACGCGGUUAAAGAAAUCUUUCCUAUAUUGUACUUUAUGGUGUUGGAAUGAAGCCUUGUAGCUUCCUUGCCCCCGUAUGAGAGGAGGUCUUAUGGACACCAUAGGGUAGGCAUAUCCUUUCCUGAGUCUGAGAAGUUGGUGUCUUGAGAGUAGCCAAUCUCAUGAAUAUCUGCAUCAAAGACCUGAGGUCUGGAGCUUUUUAAACUAGUGAGAGUGCCGAGUGCUUUUUAGAAAGGACCCUUGUGUUAUCAAACCUUAACGCUGAGUUGCCGGAGUGAGGUAAGAUGACUCCUGUGGCACAUAUUGAAUGUACCGUGUACGUUCAGGUGCACAGGUGCCAUGUCUGAUACACUAAAAGAAGAAAGAAAAAGUCAGGCCCACCUUGCUCUUACAAUGUUUGCAAUCAUUACUGUAUUGAUUACAGUAUAAUGACUACUUUGGCUCUGGUCUUAAACCUGGGUACAAAUAUCUUUUUUCCCCCUUCACUUCCCCAAGCCUUUACUUAAAAUUUUCAGUGUCUUGUCAAAUCUAGCUCUGUAUCAGAUGCUAGAUUAUUCCUAACAUUUGACAAAUGGGGGUUGAACUAAAAGGCUCCAAAGGGGAAGAUUUCUGGUCUUAUAUAAGAGCAAGAUUUGCUAAAAUUUACUCUACUGGGUAAAUGGUUGAUUGAGUCAAGAACAGGAUAUUACCUUGUGCAUAGUUUUCAGUAAAGGCAAGUGCGGACUAGUGUAUAUUUCCAACAGCUGCUCUGCCUGUGCGAUGAAAAAUACAGCCUUUUAAGCUUUCUUUGCAGACUGAUUUCCUUGGAUGGAUACUUAAUGCUGUGAAACAUGAUAGGGUUAACAUAAUAUUGGUGGAUUUCUUCAAUAGAAUUUAUCUAACAUUCCUCUUUGUGUUAGAGGCUUUAUUUUCUCUCACGUUUAUAGUUGACCAGUUCAAGUUUCUUUAGUUGGACUGAGUUGGAUCUCAGAAACCUGCUGAAGACCAUGCUAGAAGAUAGUGCUAGCUAAUGGAGCAGGAAGGGGUCUACUCUAGUAACAAAUCUCCAUGGGUGAUUAUAGUUUCGAGGUAGAGUUAUAGGAUUAUUCAUAGCUUUGUCUAGAUAAAGGGAUAAAAAUCAUGGCCUUAACACAAGGGGUGCUGCCUAGAAUAUGAAGUGGUUUUGGAGAGUGAAACUGAGCACCACACUGAAGAACUAGUGGCCAAAAAACUGCCUAGGAUACUGAUGGUUGUGAAGACUGUUCCAAGUAAUUGGAUCUUUGAAAGCUUCAGCGUGCCUUAGUUUCUAGGAUCAGAAUAAGUUCUCCUCGUACUUGGCCUUGCUGCUAAAAGGAGAAAUCUCUUAAUUUUUAUGAAUACUUACACAUUUCAGUAAUUUCUUUCCCUGGUAUGACCAUUCGAGGGGGAGCAAAUUUGAAUAGAUUUACAACUUCAGAGCCAUUGUGAGGAAAGAGUGAUUUCCAUGGCUGUUUUAAUAACUCCAGGGUGAUAAGCAGUGAGCCUACACAUACUUGGACAAUUUCACAUGCACUUUUACCUCAUUUUCCCCCUCUUUCCUGUCACUCCUACCCCCAGCCCCAAAGUAAUCCUAAGGGAGAAUUAAUCUAAGUAAUCUCAAAAAACUGUAGGAAGGGUGCUCUACCCGAGAAGCUUCUCCCACAAUGCUCUGGUGCUGUUACCUUGAGGUGAUUUGGACAGUCAUGGAAUGUUUUAUGCUGUGUGUAGUGAUCAUCUGUUCCUUUUAAGGUCUUUCUCAUUUAAAGAAACAUUCCUCAGUGUAACAGUUGGGAGGGGAUUCUUUCCUCUUACUAGGUUAAAGAUGUAUUUCAUUCAUAUAAGAGAGUAGACAUUUAAAACUGUUCAGCACUAAUGGUUUGAGUAUUUCCAUCUACUGUAUAAACAUGCUUUACAUUUUUACAUUCUUCUAGAAGAGAUUGGAAGGGGAUACUGUUUGAGGUUCAACUUGAUUAUUUUCUGCAUUGGAAAAUAUUUGGGCCACAAGAACUAGGGGGAAGAAAGAGUUUGAAUGUGUAUAUUUUUUUCUAGUGAAUGUAUUUUAUCCACACGGUCCUAAACCAAGUGAGAGCUAGAGAGCAAAAAGUGGAUAUUCACAAAUUUGUGGUUGGUGGAGAGGUGGUUCAUGACUGUGUGUUUAUGCGUUUGGGAGUGGGGAGGGUCACUGAAGAGGAAAAGACCUGAAGUUUGAAACACUUUGACCAGCUUUGGCUCAGGAAGGUGGGGCUGCUUGUAGAAGUGGAAGGUGAAUCACUCUUUUUCAAGCAAUAGUAGUGAGGGGGCUCCAUCUGCAGGGUUCCAGGACCCGGACACUUAAACAGAAGGACGUGCUGAAGCAGCUUGCAUGGUUGCUUCAUGAACUUCCAUGAGGCUGAUUCUGGCUUCAGGAUGGAGCAUUGGAGAUUUUUCGUUUUUGUUUUUGGAACCUGCUGUUGGGCUUUGUGUGUUUUGUUUUUGUUUUCUAUCUGGGGGGGGGAGGGGCUCAUGGGAAAGAGCUUCUGAACUCUUUCCUUUGUGAACUCCCACUGUGUCCCUGUAAAGUCCUUUUCUUUCAUAAUUGUUGUAAGUUACAUUUUCAUUAAGCCCCAUCACAUCUUCUUUACUGUAAAAAUAUUAAAGGCUGUUUCUAAGUGGGACGGCUAAUUCUAAUUAUUGCAGACAUAUUUUUGAGAUGUAAAAAAAAAUUUAAAAUUAAAUGAUAAGUCUUAGAGGUGAGUGAGGAAUAAAAUGGAUGUAAACAUUUACAUGGGAUGCAUUAGAAUUCUGUGUGUAUUGUCUUUUGGUUGAAACAAAUUAUGAACAGUGACUAAUAAUAAAAAGUCAAUACUCAAAUGAUUUAAAA